UCACGAAAAUACACAAAAAAAUAGCUAACAAAAUAAAUUAUGGCCAACAAGCCGUCGCGUGAUAUUCUCGGCAUUAUUUGGAAAAACUUUUGUAAAUCCCUUCGACCGCGACAGUUCCGUGGCAAUUACAUUGGUGAAGAUUAUUUUGGCAAUAAAUAUUUCGAGAUUCCGGCAAAUCCAGCGAUUGGAAAACGCAAGGCUUCUCGCUGGUUCGAACCGGCAGAUAAGGACGCUUUUGACAAUGAACUGACGGCCGAGUGGGAGGCGUGGCUGCGUGGGCGUCGAGUGGAUCCCCCGACACGAGAAGAAUUGGUCAAAAACCUACAGAUAAUGGACAUGAAAAAACGAAAUGCGGCCGAAUUGGAUGCACAAUAUGCCAAGGGCAAGGACGAUAAGGCAUUACCCAAACAGGUGGAAGGUGAAAGCAUUGGCACCUACCCAAAGUAUAAGGAGUAUGAAAUUGUGCCCGGAAAGGAUCCAACAGAAAAAUAAAAAAUAAUUAUGACUUAUAUUAAUAUUAAAAAUCAAAUAUAUUUAUAGUUAUUAA